AUGGCACAGAAGAAGGCCACGACCCACCGUGGGCUCGGCCUUGGGGUGGCGGCACUCGGUGCGCUGGUGGUGGUAGUGGCGCUGCUAAGCAUGCCGGAGGGGGCGAGCGGGGAGGAGCUGUGGACGCGGUGGGGCGACCGAGCGCUCACCACCUGCCUCAAGCUCAUAAAAGGCCGCCCGGGCCGAGCCAAGCUCGAAGUCGUGUGCGACAACUAUCAAGAGGUGGUUGAGGAGGAGAUGAAGAUGAUGGCCAUCAACGCAGGUGCAGCGUUGGGCAACAAGGAGGCGGAGGACAACGUCAAGUUCACAACCGAGCUGUCGGUGCGGCUGGAGCGUGCGCCCUACCGGGCGGAUGGCGAUCAGAUUCUCGCGGACUCGGCGCGCCACUUCAUCGAAGAGGGCAUCACCUCGCCCAAGAAGAUGAAGCAGUACUUCUUCACGCAGUUUGCGCAGUGGCUCAUGAACGCGGCGGUCGACAACGGCAAGUCGCUCAAGUCCAUGCCGGUCUACCCCAACAUGGAUGACCUGGAGAGGCGCAUGCACAAGGACGACCUGUAG